AUGCAGUAUCACACCACCACGGUUUUACCACAAUCCAAGCAAAAUCACAAAUCGUAUAUGUUCUGGGGAUCUUUCGCCGGUGACCGAAAGGGCCGACGAAUCGAUGAACAUAUGGACGGCGGUGCCAACCAGAUGAUAUGUAUGCUUCAUCUGUGGACACAAUUCAGCGCCGAUCGUCGUACGUCCAAUCGCGGCGUUGCUCAGCCCAAGCAAGGCGUUUUCUGCAACGUUCACGUCCGCUAUGCUCAUGCCCCGAGCCUUGAGCGCCUUUCGGGGCGUUUCACCACAGACCGGCCCGUAGAUUGA